GCUUUAUCUACUUUGUGCCAUAUUCCCAGUUGUUCAAGGGCUUUUUGCAGCAGUAGCAUCUCACAACAUCUUUCUUGGACCACCCAGGUCGGACAGUUCUCACUCCAAAAAUGGGGCGAUUCGAGGAGACAAUAAGGUGUUCGGCCCACCGGAGGGAGGCUAACAAAUACCGCCGCCUUAUUAAAAGUUCGAAAUUUCAGGUUGGUGGUGGUGUUACCUUGUUAGAACAGGCGUCAAGGCGUCAAUUCGCCAGUUAGCGGGCAGCCGUCGCUGGUCGGCUGCUGAGCCACUAUGUGGAUCACCUUCAACCACACGGGUCCCAAAAUCCAUACACAGGUAUCCAGUGGGUGGUUGUUGAAAAACGGCCAAGAAUCCGCUAAUGACGUUGGGCGAAUUAUUACCCCAUUUGUUCGCACGCUGACGAUAUCAUGCAUAGACCCUUAGGAAGUAACUUUGAAUGCAAGAUUUCAGGCCUGAUGCUCAAUUUGUUGCCUGAGAAAAAGUCGACUUAGUGAAAGAAGAGGGAGGGGGGUGGUCUCCUACUAAUCGCUUGUUUUGAGAUUAUUUCUGCCCAUUUUUCUCCCAUUUUUUUUUUCUUAAAUUUUAGGUUAAGCCGGAUCAAUAAAAGCGUGAAUAUUUGUUGGUUAUCGACCAACCUAUCCAAAUGGCCCGGCUAGACAGACAGUGCAACCGGUAGGUACUGUGUAUGUUCUGGAGCAGGGUCACCUCAGCGCGAGAGGCAUCAGAGUAGCCUAUUCUCUAGUCAGUUAACUUGGUCAUAUUUUGCUGCGGCAAGGUAUCAAAGAAAGAAGAAGAAGAAGAAGAAGAAGAAGAAGAAGAAGAAGAAGAAAGAUGAUAACAGGAAGAGAAAGAGGAAGAGGACUGAAUACGAGAUAGAAACCCAACGCAGGCAGUGUGAGUGUCUGAGGCGAGGCCAGCGAAGUGGAGCAAAACCAAGAGACCCAAAAUAAGAAUGAAUGCAACUAAAGAAAGUCCACGGAUCUCGAUUUGUGGACGCGGUUUGUUGUCCAGUCCAAAAGUACGUACCAGGACCAGGACCGGACCUUGUGUCUUGGUUAGCAAGUUGCAAAAAUGAAGUCCCGUCUUUUUGAAUUUGCUGGCGUCCGCCACUCCCAUGCUUAUGCUGGCUUCUUUAUAUACUCCGUACGGAGUAGAGUUAUGCGCCCUGUAAUCUUCGUUCGGCCGCAAGAAACUGGGAAGAAUGUGAGUUGGGGCAUACCAUACAGGCGUACUCCGUAGUUAGGUAUCCAUUCAUGCGGGCAAGAAGCAGAUUAUUAAAAUAUCACACUACCCUACCCUACCCAUCCAUCCCAUCCCCACACCCAGUCUAUCAAGAUCUAAUACAACAAUACAUGGUGGUUUAUCAACGCCCAACCUUGUUAGGUUUUUAUGUGCGCCAAGAAUUAAACAUGCGCAGCUCUUGCAAAAUCCCCUCUAUUAUAAGUUGUUAUUAAUAUUAUUUGUUGUUUCUGUUUCUGUUGUUGUUGUUGUUGUUGUUCCAAUUAAUGAAUGAACUUAGUUUUUAUUCUAUACAACUACAACUACAACUACUACUACUACUACAACUAACUACUACAACUACUACUACUACAUCGUCUUCUUCUCCAUCUUCUUCCGUCCUCACAGACCCAGCCCAGACAGGGAGAUCCGAAUCCCUUGCUUUGUCCCUAGCCUUCCUUUAUAUUUUAUGAUUCUGAGAUUCUGAAACUUCUUUUCUAUUUUAUUUUCGCCUCUGCUAAUCAGUUCGGAUGUUUCAGUGACCAGUCUGCUGCCUUGUGUGCCUUUUUUCUCAAUGAAUGUGCCACCGUCUUCACGCCCUCCCUUUCACAGUCCUACCUGCUGCCCAAUCAUUCUUUAUAAUCCAUAAUCAAACAAACAAUGCUAUCUAUACCCGGGAAAUCUGCCAGGCGACUUUCCUCUCUAUUCUCGCUUGGCUCUAAGGAUAAACAAGAUGACGACGGGAAGGCUUCCCGCCAUGCCACCCUUAUUAAAACCCCUCCUCCUCAGUACGGAACCGCUCAAGGCCAACGCGCCCAACUACAGCCACAGCAGAAUCGUGCCUCUUCUCCCCUGGGUCUUCGUCAUGCUGCCUCUGCACAGCAUAUUUCGACAAAUUCUCUAGGCUUUCUCCCCUCGAAUAAUAGGAACGUGUCCGCCCCGCUCCCCACCCUAACCUCAGCGCAUGACGACAAUGGCAACCGGGCCCCUCGGCCGCCUCUAAAUACUGUAAAUCCUGAUCUGCCUGACUCAACUGCUGAGCGACGCCAGAGCUGGAGUGGUGGUGGGCUUUCAAAUAUGGCGGGCGGGCUUUCACGGCCUGCCUCGAGAUCGGGGCUCUUGACCGCAGUCAGCACAGAUUCCAGGUCCUCAAAGACUCGGAGUUGGCUGCCUGGGAAAAGCCGCGUAUCAUCUGUUGACUUGAAACGACCCGAGCGGCCUAUGCGGGCAUGGAUUGCUGGACGGGGUAUUGAGUAUAAUUUAAAUCCGCUCUUGAGCGGGGAGAAGGUUGAUGAACUAUGGGAUGACCACGCCGAUACAUUUGUAUAUUUAUUCCCACAAAAUACAAACAGAGGACCUUCUUUCAAGGUCGACUCUUCUAUCUUCGUCUCCUCUCCAACUCUCACCUUCCUGGCUCGAGGCUCCGACCCAACCCCUAAAUUCAAGCGACGCACUAUUCCAGAAGAGUUGCCGCAGCUCAACUUCCCCCCUACAGGUUCUCCACCAGCACACAACCAAAUAGGAUCUCUUGAGGAUGACCGGAGCAGUUCGGCCAGCAGAGCAUCUAGGGACUACUCGAUUGACGAGCCUCCUCAACAGCUGCAUCUUUAUGUCCCUGUACCCCUAGAAAGUGACCUUUCCAACCAGAACUGCACCUUAAUAGACGCAGAUGUCCACAUGCUCAUACUGUUUCGAAAUCUAUUUGCAUUUUUAAUUGGCCAAUGUUUAAUUGCCACCCCGAAAAGACCCAAAGUCUUUGAUAUUUUUAUGGGAGUUUCAGACCUCCUUUCCAAAUUCGAAUUUGCCAAUCUGGACGGCUCAGGGUUAGGAGAGACUGCGACCUCUAGUUUUGCGGCGUACUGCGACGAACUGAGAAUUUAUGACGUGCGAAAGAGCCGCGAGAAAAUUCUUGAAGCGAUCAUCCUAGGAGAGCGGAUGAAGUUCUUUCCGUUAUAUCGGGAAGGAUUCAUUCAUGGUGUUGGCAGACUGAAGGACGAAGACUUUAAACACCCCAAGUAUCUCCUUAUUUCGGACCUCUCGCGGGAGAAUAUCGAAAAAGGUUCUAGUGCUCUACAAAAAGAACUCAAAAUAAUUCAUGAUAAGCUAGACGACUUUGACUUCCCAUCCCUCUUCGCUGGUAUCGCUAACUCGACCACUCUAAACGAAGCCAAACAGGUACGGUUCAAGAACUGGAAGAGUGCCUUCUUAGCAUUCAGGAAAGAUGUCAAAUCCUACUAUGCUAAGCGUUUUGGCUCUUGGCCGCCAAAACCAGGUUCCGAAAAGAACCAAUCUGACAAAAGCGGCUUGAGUCGCCUAGUUCUGAUGGAGCUCUACCAAGACUUUUCGGAUCUCUACGACAUGCUUGUCGAUAGAACUUCCUUGACUACUCGAACAGCCGAUAUGACGAUGAUGAAUGAAUCCGAUUCUAUAGGUUCUCAGGAUAUAACCACCCGUGCUCUUCGGCAGGUGAUGAGCGAAUAUGACCGGAGCACCCCACCUGUGCAACCCCCGGUUCCUUUUGACCUACCCAUUUUGCCAAGUAUAAUGUCUAUCCGCAAAAAAAUGGAUCCCGGAAGGGCAAGCAAGGAACGGGCUAAAAGACUCGCACCCGGUGAAGCCAGCGAAAUCCUAUUCGGCUCAUACAACCACGCCAGCAUCAAACCAACAGAUUUCCUCGCGAACUUCAUGCACUUCGAACGUGAGCAAGCGAAAGAUAAAGAGAGGACCUGCGACGACCUCUCAGACUACCGCUGCGGCCAAUGGUUGUUCAUGUACUCCGUCCUGCAAUCAUUGCCCAGGGUCGUUAUCGACGCGCCCGAUGUUCGCUUUUCGCAAGGGGUGGAGUACUUCCUGUCCAUAGCCCCGUGGGGCGGAAUGCCAUGGUGCCGUGAUGAUUUAAAAUCCGGACGAACUUGGUUCGGCGUAGCCGACGGCUCCGCCGUAGUGAGUCUACCUAAUGACUCAGUCGCCAAUGCCCCCGACAGCGCCUAUCGCCGCAGUCACUGCUGGGAAGUAGCGAUGAAGUGGGCGAAUCAACAACAGAUGUUGUCUCCAGUGAUGCUUGAUGGCGAUGGAGCAGAGAAGCAACUCCAGAGCCAGUAUCCGCCUUCGUCCACGGGGGGAAGCGUACCACCGCCGCCUCCGCUUUCGGUAACAGGAUCCUCGUCAGACAGACAGCCCACCCCGCUCUUAACGCCUGGUAGCCAAACACCGCCACUUGUUAGCAUCCCAAUACCCAGGGAGCAUUCGCCGGGCCUCCAUCCAGGUCUGAAAGGCGGUAAUCGCGCCUCCCUCUACAUGGGCUUGGAAGCACUACCGCUUCCCCCGAGUGUGGUGCCGUUUGAAACCCCCUCGCGACCAAAGAGCCAUAAUCCCACGAUGAGUUUUGAUGAUAUUCUUAAGAGCAUUCCUAAUAAAAAUUCGCACAAGUCCAAGAAGUGAAUUAUCCCCUUUUUAAUCAACUCUCUUUUUUGUGCUUUAAUUUUUUUUUUUUUUUUUUUUUUUGGUUGGCUUCCUCUAUGGUUUUUGUUUCACUUUUGCGAUUUCAAUAUUUUGGAUUAAUUGCGCGCUGGCUGGACAUUCGGUCGCAUCUGUAUUAUUUACAUCUAGAAGCGGAUUGGCGGUGUCAUUUUUCCUUUCCUUUCUUUUUCACUUUCCACAUUGGGAUUUUCUUGUGCGCAUUCUCUCCCUUUUACUUUUCAUUUUUUGCGUUCAUCGUCUCGAAAUUUCUCUCUUUCUCAUUCCCAUAGAAGUUGGUUGAACGCAACUAUGCCAAUAUGCUUAUUUUGAUUUUUGGUGAACGGAAAGGAAGAAUUAAAGAUCGCUUUAAUAGACCGCUACUCUGCAUAAGCUUGGUUUUUCAGUUUCUUGUUUUUCUUUUCUUUUUUCCCCCUCAUAUUCAUUCCCUUGCUUUUUGCGAAACCUCUUGUUUUCUUCUUUCCCUAUCCCUGUUUUUCUGCUCUCGCAUUGUCCACUCACCAUUCUGGCGUUUGUUUUGAUUUCCCCAAUUUCACUCAUACAUCACAAAUCGCAUACAAGCCGGCGCUGAUUUUUUUUUUUUUUUUUUUUUUUUUUUCAUCAUUGUUUCUUCUCUAUGUUUUCAAAGUUUGUUCCCUUGUUCUUUCUUUUGUUCUCUUUCUUUUUUUUUGGGGGGGGGAAGGAGUUCCUUAUAUAAACUCAACUUUUUAAGUUAGUUAAUAGUUGCCAGUAAUCCUAAUUUUUAACUUUCCUAUAUUCUUCCCCAUUCUUUCUUUUGUUUUUCUUACCAAUGUUUCGCUGGGAUGGGGUGCCCCUGAAACUUUAUACAGUUUACCGAAAACACUCAACCGCGGUUUCUUCCUACCAGAAAAUUUCCAUACAGGAACAAUUGCGCCAAGGAAUGAAUUCCAAGGAUUUAAAAUGUUUUGCUUCGCUUGUUGC